GGCAUGGCUCAGUCACAAGUUAUUUUAGGGGGAUACUUUCAUUGAAGCGUCACCGCUGAUGGCGAGAUGGACUUUACUUAAGCCAGCCUGGAUCACACAAUGCCACUGUGGGAUAGAAGCACACAGACGUGAAUCAAGAUGCCAAACUGGGGAGGCGGUGCAAAGUGUGCAGCCUGUGAGAAGACCGUCUACCAUGCAGAGGAGAUGCAGUGUAAUGGGAGAAGCUUCCAUAAAACCUGCUUCAUGUGCAAGAGCUGCAGAAAAGGGCUGGACAGCACCACGGUAGCCGCGCACGAGUCCGAGAUCUACUGCAAAUCUUGCUACGGCAAAAAAUACGGGCCAAAAGGUUACGGAUACGGGCAAGGGGCUGGAGCUCUGAGCUCUGAUCCUGUUGGACAGCAUGUCAACGUGCAGCCUGAUGACUCUAAACCACGGCAAUCCUCCACAAAUUCCACUUCCAACAAGUUUUCCCAGAAGUUCGGAGGCUCCGACCGCUGCCCUCGCUGCUCCAAAGCUGUCUAUGCAGCAGAGAAAGUGAUGGGAGCAGGGAAGCCUUGGCAUAAAACCUGCUUCCGCUGCGCUAUGUGCGGUAAAAGUCUGGAGUCGACCACAGUGACUGACAAGGAUGGAGAGAUCUACUGUAAAGUUUGCUAUGCCAAAAACUUUGGGCCAAAAGGAUUUGGACUGGGGAAUGCCGCCAUGUUGGAGGAACGAGAGUGAACACUGCUUGGAAGUCAUGAAGCAUUAACAAUUAUCCAUGGAGUCACUUACUUUGCUCUGGUUUAUGUUUGUAAUAAACCAUAUUUGUACCAAAA